CAUAGCAUUUUUAUUGGUCCUCUCAAUUUCAUUUGCAUUGUGCCCAGUGCUGUGUGAACUAUCUCAAACUAUGGGUUGUGUAGGAAGCUGUUACUACCACGCCACCCUCCAUUUUUUGCCCUGUCCUGGAUAGGACGAAGUGGAUUGUGAAGGGUCGUAUCAAAUUCUUGAGACUUGAAAGCUGAGAGCUGGACGCAGAGGGUUCUAAUAAUACGUUGUCUAUAGCAUCUUCAUGUGGAUCAACGUAGCAUUGAUUGCUCAUUUUAGCUGUCGCACAAUCUUUUGCGACGAUGACGCAAACGAAAAACUCAAGUCGUAAGGUUUUUGCUCGGACUUGACCAAUUCCUGGACAUUUGAUGGCCGUAUUACACCUUCACCCGGACACCGAACGCAAGCCUUGAAUUUCCGAACUGUUCGGGUGAAAUCCGGACAGGCGGCAGCCCUAGCUGGCGCGAGUUAGUGUAGAGACUCUGGGACCCUGGCACACGAGCGCUCCCUCAACGGGGACUCGGCAAGCACGCCACGGAUCACCUACUCAGUUACCUACUCUGUAGACACUUCAGCGAUAAGAAAUUCAGUUUUCCUCAGCACCAUGAAACAAAAUAAAAAUUUCUGUGAUAGCACAUAUCAUAGUGAACAGAAUGAUGGGUGAGCCUACAGUGUUUACAUACGCCUCAAAAUUAUUUCAUAAUAUUGUGCUCCCCUCAAGGCGAGAGCGUUAGGUGACACUACACAGCAGGUGAUCCAUCCUACUACGUCGAUUCCCCCGAGCUCACCCCAUCGAGAGGAGGCGCUCGGAUAAUAUGGCCCUAGAUUCUGCACCCCAGCAUCGACGCAAGGCGGUGCUGACAUACAAACGGGCCACGCGCUUCCGCGCUAUGGUUAAGCGUGGUGACGUCUGUACACGCUAGAGGUUAAUUGUCGCUGCGGUACGGAACAUGUUACAGGGACAGCCAGAACAUACAUCGUGUUCCUGUCUCCUAGACUUGCGUGGUGAUGUGGACGCCGAAAUAGUGCGGACGCGUUUGGCAAGAUUGGAUGUGUGCUGAAGCAUAGGCCAUGGUUGAAGCGGUGAUGACAGUACAGGUUUGUGGUCCGCCUGCUUUGAAAUGAGCGUCGGUCACGCCAUGACAAGUCAGUGCUAACAGUCUCAUGUACUCCGCCGUGUCGCUUGAAGCAGCAAAUCUUAUCAGGACGCCGUCAUCAGUAAACCAUCAACAAUUUUAUUUAUCAACCGAAAAACCCGAAACAUCAUCAUCAUCAACAUCAUCAAAAGCUUGGUGAAACGUUCUGCGAAUGGGAAAGCCAGGAAUACCUCUGCCAAAUGCGGCACACCUCUGGGCAUGGACAUGGAGACUGGACAAAAAACCUCUGAACAUGCGGCACAAGAGCAAUGGAGUACAUUGAGAAGAAGAUAAAGAAGAACCUUCCUUAGCGGAUUAAGGCCAGAAAGGAAGGAAGAAGAAGAAAUGGGGAAGCUCUUUCAUCCAGGCCGCUGCAUCGCCAAUAGACGUCCCGUAUUUGAACCAUAAUCGAGACAAGGUUAAUCGAGACCUAUUGCUGUUAAUGGAAGAGCCGUUUGAAUUUCACAUUCGACCAGUACGACCAGAUGAGAUACCAUUGCUGUUGGACAUCAGGCUUUCUAUGGGUUACCUGUGCGCGGAAUCUCUCCUCGAAACUCUUCUGACACUUGAUCCCGAUGGAUUCCUGGUAGCAGUUAAGCAAUCCGGUGAAGUAUGCGGCGGGUGCGCCAUUGUGAAGCUAAACAAGACAUUGGCCUACGUUGGCUUCUGGGGAAUCCAGCACAAGUACCGGGACUCUCCGCUCGCCAAAGAGCUCGUCACUAAGACCAUGCGGCGCGUUCAAGAUAUGAACGUGAUGCUGCGGAGCAGUCGUGGGUCCGUACGAGACAUGCAACUGGGAGGGCUCUUUCCUCACGUCUCAGACCAUCUCUUUCAUCGGGUCGGACCGGGACUUCCGCAACUCACCGACCUUCCCGUGGCUCUGGACGGAACGCGUGUGGUCAACUUUGACGAGGGCAUACACUUAGAUCGGGUCUCUUGGUACACUACGGAUAUUAUGAAGACCCAGAUGCAUGACUAUUUUCGGUGCCUGUCGGAAGAAAAAGGACUUAUCUUCAAGCUGGCGUUCGAACACGACGCCCUGUGCGGAAUGGGGACCAUCCAGCGGGACAUCGGGGGCGCUGCCCUGGUGAGGCAUGUGUUCGCUCAGAGGCCGGAAGUGGCACGACUGAUCCUGCGGAACCUUGUCGAGAGUUUCCCGCUGGCCACGCAAGUGGGCGUUGUAAUGGUGUGCACCACAGUGCAUUUCAAGGACCAGCCUCUGCUGUAUACCAACAUGGAUUUGGAGCCCAAGAGGAAUAUAGCCAUAUGCUUUUCCAAGAAGGAAGUUCCAUUUGACUACAGCAGAAUUUUCGUGCUUUGAGCGAACGAUAAACAACUGCCUGUUUUGUA